CGGCGGCCUCGCAGCAGCGGCCUCUUCCUCCUCCUGCCCGAGCCGCCCUUCCCCCGGGCGGGCAGGCGGGUGGGCACUGCGGCCAUGGCGGGGCAGUUCGACGCGGAGGACCAGGCGAGCUGGUACUGGGGGCGGCUGAGCCGGGCCGAGGCGGUGGGGCUGCUGCAGGGGCAGCGCCACGGCACCUUCCUGGUGCGCGACUCCGGCACCAUCCCCGGCGACUUCGUGCUCUCCGUCUCCGAGAGCUCCCGCGUCUCCCACUACAUCGUCAACAGCCACGCCGGCGCCACCGGACCAGCCGGAGCCGCCUCGCCGCCCUCCUCCUGCUCCUCGGGGUUGAAUCCUUCUAGAUUUCGAAUAGGUGAUCAAGAGUUUGACUCCCUGCCAGCGUUGUUGGAGUUCUACAAAAUACACUACUUGGACACUACAACUUUGAUAGAACCUGUUUCAAAAUCCAAGCAUAACAGUGAUGUGCAGUUGAGGCAGGAAGAAGUUGAGUAUGUGCGUGCCCUUUUUGACUUUAAUGGCAAUGAUGAUGAAGAUCUUCCAUUUAAAAAAGGAGACAUAUUGAGAAUCUGGGAAAAGCCCGAAGAGCAAUGGUGGAAUGCAGAAAACAGUGAAGGCAAGAAAGGCAUGAUUCCCGUUCCCUACGUCGAAAAGUACAGGCCUGCCUCUGCUUCUGUAUCAGCUCCGAUUGGAGGUAACCAGGAUACUCCGCUCCCACCGCCACUGGGUGGACCAGAGCCGGGUCCCUAUGCCCAGCCCAGCAUCAACACUCCGCUCCCUAACCUCCAGAAUGGGCCAAUUUUUGCCCGAGUUAUCCAGAAGCGGGUUCCUAAUGCCUACGACAAGACAGCCUUGGCUUUGGAGGUUGGCGAGCUGGUAAAGGUCACCAAAAUUAAUAUGAGUGGCCAGUGGGAAGGCGAGUGCAACAACAGGCGAGGUCACUUCCCGUUCACGCACGUCCGGCUACUCGAUCAGCAGAAUCCUGAGGAGGACUUCAGCUGAGGACUUCGGCCCAACUGUCCUGCUUACAGGUGGGAGGGAACAAGCCGAGGGCAUCCCACUGCAGCUGCAAUAGAGACUGUCCCUAAUGAUGUCAAAAGAAGCACCAUUUCUGCACACAUCCCAGUAUUCAUAAAAUAGCCCUGGGACCCAACACUUGGAAGAGGUUUGUGUUUCCAGGGUACACCACUCGAUGACUUUUGUGCCAAAUGGCCAAAUGAGCACAUUUGCAUAGGUGUGUCAAAGGCAUCCUAUCACGCCCCUGCCCCCGCCAUAGGACGAGAGUGCCAGAGAGUUCCUUGUUCCUGCCUUUCCAAGUCCCGUGGUUUUGGUUGGUGGAAAACCUGAACAAUUAAGUGGGAAACUUGCAACUUGUUAACCAGAGUUCUUCCCCUUCUUUGGCUUUGACUGGUAUUGAAACGUCUGUGUCAUAGCUGCUUGUUGCAUAAUGGGUAAACGGCACAGAAUAGGUUGAGUUUUUAAAAAUAGACUAUGAAUACUGGGAUAGCUGUGACAGAACUAGCAUUUAAAUGUGUUCAGGGUCAAAACCAGUCAUUCUCCAGAGCUCCUAAGAAGGAAAGUUCCAGAAAUCACUCUGGUACAGCCAUAGCAAAAACCUGAAUUACUUUCAGAGGUAGAUAUUAAUACCUGUAUAUAUUGGUGGACCCUUCCUCCUAGUGCAGCGAACUAUGUUCAUUGCACUUUAUUUGUUAGUAUCAGUUACAAAAUCGACUACAGUUCUGAACACUCUACUCCAAAGCUUUAACCAGCUGUAGGACUAAGAAAGAAGGGAGUUCCUAUUCUUUCCAUAUAGCAAGACAUGUAUUGCCAAUCUAAACCAAAACGCCAAAUCAUUUCGUCUAAAAAUUGCUGUCUAGGACUGUUUUGUUUCCAUUUGUAAAGCAUUCAAAUGGGUGGAUUCUAGAAGAUCUUAUUUUUAAUAAACUAAUGGAAAUACUUA